GUUCAUACUGUAUAUGAAAGGCAUCCAAUUUCAAUGAUAGGAUAUUCUCCUUUAAGGAUGAAUCUUACAGCCGUGUCUAACAAGUUUAAAGACAUCUUUUUUGUGGCAAUUUAUGAUUCUGUUUUUGCGUACCGGCUGAGUCCAUACCAUGACGACGAUGAUGAUACGCCAAAAAAACCAUUCAAAAAACUCAACCGUCCCGUAGAUUCAAUUUCUCCCGGUGAUGAGGAUUUACAUGUAAUUAAUGCUAUUAAAGUGGGAGAGAUUGGGUAUGAAGAAGUACUUGUUAGCGUUGAUGAAUCUGGAGACGUUCAUGUUUGGUAUACUUCAAACCUUGAAAAAAUUCCGUUGCGUUUCAAAAAUAAUGAAUCCACAUGGGGUAUAGCACUUCAUGGUCCAAGACGGUUACUGGCGGUCAGUGCUAAUUCACACGAAAUCACAAUUUUCAACCUACAAUAUGGAUUACAACCAUCAGCGAAAUUCUCUGAUAGUCAGGAUAUGAGUAACAAGCAAAAAUAUUCACUUCGUGGUCAUAGACACAAUAUCCCUAAUAUAUCGUUUAGCUCUUGUGGUCAAUUUUUGGCUUCAUGCAGUAUCGAUAGAUCAUGUCGAAUUUGGAAUGUUAAUACAGGUCAAACUAUAGCUGUUUGUGAGGUUUCUAAUGAAUGGGGUUGGUCUACAUGUUUUGUUUCUACGUCAAAUUUCAAGAACGCAAGUAACGCCAUACCACGAAAUCUUCGUAUGCGCAAAGAUAUUAAUGACCGAUCACGAGUUCGUACUGAUCGCAUAUAUUCAGAAUCAGAGAGAGAUAAUAUGCCGACAGCUUUACGUUCCGUAACUCCUACUAUGAGAUUUUUUCCUUUGGACACUGAAUAUGAAGAUGGAUAUGAUGAAAGCACGGAAAUAACAACUUUAGUUUAUAAUGAUUACGGAGCAAUCGAAACAAUUGAAACUGAAGAUGAGGAAAAUGAAUCUAGCUAUUCGGAUGCACAAGGAACGAAUCAUAAUAACGAAAACGUAUCAGAUGACUCAGAUCAUGAUCAUGGCUCGCAUACCCCGGUUCCGGAUGAUAUGUCCGAUGAUGAAUGGUCACCAAGCGCUGAGACUCGAGAUAUGUAUAGUAACAAUCUUAAUGUUCGAAACAGUGAUGAAAUAUCGUCCGAACGCACGGAGAACGGGAAUACUUCAACAUAUUCAUCAAGACAUCCGUCACCCAUUGUUUAUGCUAGUCGUUUUCCAUCAACCUCGAUUGCUCAACAGAUUUUACCGGAAAUUUACUUUGCCAAUAAUUCUCCAGCGUAUUCUCCAGCAACGCCUCAAUAUAUGCAAGAACCAAGUUCUUCAACAACAUCUAGCCUUGGACAAAAUUUACCACAUACACCGCCGGCAGCUUACUCACCUCCACAGCCGACGCCAUUGAUUAAUGACGUUUCCACAUCUCAGGAGCAAGUAACUGCAACAUUUUCGUCGUCGUCCUUUAAUUCUGAGCAUAUUAGACCGGAAUCUCCUGUUUAUUCUCCGAUGUCACCAGAAUAUUCACCAAUUAAUACGAACUACAAUCCAGAAUCACCGCAUUAUGAUCCGAUGUCACCCCAAUAUACACCCACAUCUCCAAGCUAUAAUCCAACUUAUGCACGUCCAAGAGCUCAAGAUUUUUUUGAUGAUAUUCCUGACAACUCAUAUGAAAAUGAACGGUCACCACGAUCAUACAGUCAUUCAGAGGAACAGGAGGGAAGCUACCGAUCACAAUCUUUGGACCGAAGAAUAGCGAUUGCAAUAGACAAUAUGGAAAUGCAUAAAACACUGAAAGGACGAGCUCCUAAGAUUUCUCAGGACCUCAUAUUAUUUGGCUCGCAACAUGAUUUAUUUCUUCUUGAUCCGAAAUCAAAUCUAUCUAUUCAGAGUUCAUUAAGGAGUGUCGUUUGUAAGGGUGAUUCAAGAAGAGCGAGACAUUUAGACUCAAAUGAUCGAUUAAAUAUGGUCGAGUGGAUUCCUGAUCUCUCACUCGCAAUAGUUGCAAGUCAGAAAGGAAAGGUUGCAUUGGUUAGACUUCUUAAAGAAAUCAGCAUUAAGGGGAUUGAACGCUAUUAUCUUCAUGACGAAGAACUCAUACCUCGGACUCCUUUACCAAACGCACCAUUGAUAG